AUGGACAGCAAGAGAACUUUGGCUCAGAUUGUGUUCACCGACAACCUUGAACAGAAACUCUCAGUUGGCACCAGCUAUAGAGAUUGUUUCAGAGGAAUCGAACGCCGCCGCACUGAGAUUGCUACGGUCGUGUUUGGUGGCCAGCUUGAGGCAGCCUACUCCCUGAGUGUGGGAGCCAAUGAUCUGGCUCUGUUUGCUUGCUUUGCCAGCUGGUUCCUGUUGAUGCCGUACUUCGGUCGCCGAAUCGUCUAUGUAGCAGGCAUGGCUGCCAUGGCAGUCGAGCUUUGCUUGAUUGGUAUCCUCAACGUACAAAAGACUGUCUGCCUUGCCCGCAAUGUCUCAAACAUCCUAGGUGUCAUUUGUGGUACUCUUGAAAAUUACUUCAUGAACCCUACCGCGUGGAAUCUCAAAGGUUGUACAGGCUUUUUGUGGGGUGGGUGUCCCUUGGUCGUUUUUGGUUGGGCCUAUUUCCGCCUACCAGAAACCAAGGGAAGAACCUUCGACGAACUCGAUACACUCUUUGCUAAGCGUGUGCCUGCCCGAAAGGUUGAUAGCACGGAUGUUGACGCUUUCAACGAGGAAGAGAAUGGCAAGUUGGCUACACAAUAUGCCCGCAAGCGAAGCCUUGAGUCUCUCAGCGAGGAAUCAAAGUGGUCUACGAGGCGUUAG